GCCCCCGACGGGCCCAGGCAAGGCCGUGAUUGACGCCGGGCCGCGCGGGGCCCGGGCUCGCCGCGCCGGGGGAGCGCCCGGGAGGGAGGGGGCGGCGUCGUUUUCGGCUGCUGUUUCGCCCGCGAGAGCCGAAGGGAUGAGUUUUUAACGCUCUCGAUCUCGGUGAAGUUCCUUCAGAAGGUCGUGUCAACUUUGCUAUCUGUGCUGCUGAAAGAAUGUAGCGGAAAUGAUAGCCGAGCUCAACGCAGCCAGCAGCCUUCCCAGCCAAAAAGUGAAUGCUGUCCAUGAUGAGACUGUGCCUGAGUCUGCUGUGCAGAAUGGCACCUGUGUGAGAAACGGCAACCUGAAAACACCAAGAGAGAAACGGAAGGUCCGAGAACAGUGUGAAAACAUAAGGAGGAAUUCUACCAGUAGCAGGAGAGUGAACCGGCUGCAGAAUGGCGAAGUCAUUGAGGCAGUUACAUUGUUUGAAGUGGUUAGCAUGGGGAAGCAGGCCAUGCAGUCUGUAGUAGAUGACUGGGUUGAAGCUUAUAAACAAGACAGGAAUGUGGCACUUCUAGAUCUGAUCAACUUCUUCAUUCAGUGCUCAGGCUGUCAAGGCAUGGUAACAGCAGAGAUGUUUCAAAGUUUGCACAAGAAGGAUGUCAUGCGAAAAAUGACAGAGACCUUUGAUGAGGAAACUGGGUUGCAGUACAAGAAAUUCAUGGCCUAUCCUUGGAUCCUGACAGUUACUUGGCCGGUGGACAUGGACAAUGAAGACUACCCACUGAUCAGAACAGGACCCUAUUGGAAGAAGUUCAAGGCCAAUUUCUGUGAAUUUAUUGCAGUGCUUGUCCAGCAGUGCCAGUGCAGCAUCCUGUAUGAUAGCUACUUGAUGGACACUGUCAUCUCGCUGCUUACAGGCUUAGCGGACUCCAUGGUCAGAGCAUUUAGACACACAAGCACUUUGGCAGCAAUGAAACUUUUGACGGCAGUUGUAAGCGUCCAUCUGAACCUUGAUGUCAACAAGCACAAUGCUCAAAGAUUAUAUGAGGUGGAGAAGCAGAGGAUAAGUGGCAAGAGGACCAGUUACAGACUUGACCAGCUAGAGAGAAAAAGGAAAGAGUAUGAGCACAAGCUUCUAGAGAUACAGAACAUGAUGAAUGCUAUUUUCAAAGGGACAUUUCUAAACCGUUACCGUGAUGUGAUCCCUGAGAUCCGAGCGACUUGCAUUGAAGAAAUUGGCAGCUGGAUUAAAACGUACCCAGAUGCUUUUUUAAAUGAUAGCUAUUUAAAAUAUGUUGGAUGGAUGCUGUAUGAUAAGCAAGCUGAAGUGCGGUUGAAGUGUCUUCUGGGACUGCAGGGAAUUUAUAGCAGAAAAGAACUUGUUUCCAGGAUGGAUCUCUUUACUAGCAGAUUCAAGGAUCGAAUUGUGUCCAUGCCUCUGGACAAGGACCAUGAAGUAGCAGUUCAAGCCAUGAAACUCUUGAUGCUUAUGUCACAGAACUGUGAGAAUGUGUUAUCAGCUGAAGACUGUGAAAUGUUAUACCAGUUUGUUUAUACCACACACCGUCCACUUGCAGUAGCAGCUGGGGAAUUCCUUUAUAAAAGGCUGCUUAUUUCUGAGGGAGGUGAAGUUCAGCCCAAAGGAGGAAGAGAGUUUGGGGCAAGUACUGACCAGUUGAAAAGAUUAAUACACUUUUUCCUGGAGAGUGAGCUACACAAACACGUUGCAUACCUUAUAGACAGCUUAUGGGACUGGGCAGGCAAAUUUCUGAAGGACUGGGAGUGCAUGACAACUCUUCUAUUAAAAAAUGCUGAAGAAGAUGGAGAAGCACUGAGCGAUGCCGAGGAAAGUGCUCUCAUUGAAAUUAUCCUUGCAACGGUUAGAGAAGCAGCUGAAGGUCAUCCUCCAGUGGGCAGAGGUGCAGCCAAAAAAAUUCUGUCAGUAAAAGAGAAGAAAAUACAAUUGGAAGAUUGUACCAAAAUUACUGAACACUUUAUUAUGGUGCUUCCUCAGCUCUUGGCAAAGUAUUCAACAGAUGCACAAAAAGUGGCAAAUCUUCUGCAGAUUCCUCAGUAUUAUGAUUUAGAUGUUUACAGUACAGGACAUCAAGAGAAGCAUUUGGAUGCUUUGCUGAGAGAGGUAAAAGACAUUGUGGCCAAACACUCUGACAUGUCUGUCCUCGAGGCUUCCUCCAGGACUUAUUAUAUCCUCUGCAGUGAAGAAAUUGGCAUUUAUAGCCAGGUGGAUUGUGCUCGAACUCAACUGAUAGAUGAGUUGAUGGAACAGCUUAACCAGCUACUAGAUGGCUUCUGGCAAAAGGAAGGAGAAUUUUGUAUGGAUGCAGGAGCAAUUUCCUGGAUGAACUCUGCUUUGAGAAGAGUAGCAGCUUUUCAUAAUGCCCAUGAUCUCACCAAAUGGAAUCUGUAUGACAAGACUUUAAGGUUCCUGGUGUUUGAAAUGGAACAUGGGAGUUUGCCUGUUCUGAUUAUCCUGCCAGCUCUCCAGUGCACUUAUUUUUCUCUCCUGUGGCAGCUAUCUGCAGUUUCAGAAAAUUCUACCAAGGAGACUCUUUUUCCACUAAGAAGGGAGCUGAGACGUUUCAGUCAGAUUUGCACGUGCUUCCUCCAACAUAAGGAAAAAGAUGUAAGAGAAAAGGUCUUCAUGAUACUCUGUGACUGGUUGCUGAUUUUGAGUCAUCAGGAUUCAAAUAAUAAGGAAGAAGCAAUUGGACUUCUAGGUUAUCUUCCUAACACGUCACUUCAGGAAAAACUGUUUUUGUUUAUCCGGGAACAUGUUUUUGUGGAUGAAGAAGAGGAAAGAAAAGACCUGACAGAAGAGGAAGAGAAAAAGGAUGAAAGUUGCAAACUUGAUGACUUGCAUAGAAAGCGGAGUCUUCUUGCAGCAUAUUGCAAGUUAAUAGUGUAUAAUGUGGUAGAGAUGACUGCAGCUGCUGAGAUCUAUAAGUAUUACGUGAAGACCUACAAUGAUUUUGGAGACAUAAUUAAAGAACUGUUAAGCAAGAUGAGACACAAUAACAAAAUGCAGAGUGCCAAGACACUGAUUCUUUGUCUGCAGCAGCUGUUUCAGACACAUGCAGAAAGCCAAGACAGCAGUAGUGGUGUGGACUUCUCCUCUGCUUCCUUUACAAACAUCAAAGAACUUGCUCGUCGCUUUUCACUAACAUUUGGUUGGGACCAAGUGAAAUCUAGAGAAUCUAUAGCCAUGAUACACAAGGAAGGGAUUGAAUUUGCUUUUCAAGGAGCUACUGGAGUAGAUGGAAAAUGCUUGCCUCCUAACUUGGGCUUUCUGUUAAUCAUCAGUGAAUUUUCCAACAAGCUGUUAAAGCCAGACAAAAGACUAGUGUACACUUACUUACAGAGGUACAUACAAGAACCACUGCCCUGCAGAGGAGAUGAAUGGCAGCCCUUGGUCUGGUACAGAAACUCUUUAUUGGCAAAUGAAGAUGAGGAGAGCUCUGCCCUCGGCAGUUUGGGAGAGUGGCCCCCUGUGGGCACAUCUAAGACAACUUCUUUUAAAAGGAAAUUGUCUAAUGGGUCUUUGCCUGAAACCAGCCAGACUGAAGUAGCAAGCAAAGCCCCAGAACAGCAGUGCACUUCCCAGCUUCCCUCUGCAGCAGGAAAAAACAGAAAGAGGCUGAAAUCUCGAGAGAUGUGCUUGCAGGAACGUUUGCCAUUCCUUUGUCCAGGAGGGCUACGCAGAAGAUACUGCAAAGAUGAGAUUAAGACAGAAGAUGUCUCAGAGGACGGUCAAGCAGGAGGCACAGCAGAAGAUGUUGAUGUUGAUGUUGUUGGUGCAGAUCAGGACAGUUAAGACACUGAGAGGAUGAACAGAAGCGAAGAACACACUAUGUUUUUUUCUGCAAAUUGUUUAACUUGAAAAUGUGGUUGUGAGGGCAUCCACUGAGACAGCAGGAGACACGUAUCAAGGUGAAUCUCUGCCUGUGGGCAUCCACCCAGAACCAGUUCGUAGCACUGCGGUUGAUUUCUCCCUGUUGCUGGUUGUGGGCAUUACUCAUGUGGCUGCUGCACUUCCAAGGCUGUGGGUGUUAGGAGCAUCGGUACUCAAUUGCAUCCUGGUCCUUGAUGCUGCCUUGGAAAAAUUACCAACUGAAGGACUGGAAUCAGGGUAUAGACAAAUUUUGAAUCAAAGACUCUAUGAACUAGGUGAGACAAGUUUGUUCAAAUCAGGGCAGGGGCAGAGUUCCUCUGGAUGUGUUCUUUAUCAUUGAGGUAACCAAGGUGGAUAUCUACUUGUUUCCUCUUACCUGAUGCUGGGGAGAAAGGAGCCUGGCCCAGUUAUGAACACUGUGACCUGCUGGGUGACGGCAAGUGCCAUUUCCUGCCUGUAAAAUGGAAAACCUGGAUCAAAUAAUCUGAAAGUAUUUCUAAAUUCCAUUGCUUAGAGAGAUGUGGUUAGUGGUCUGUGGGCAUCAGGACAUGUUCCCAGGAGACUUGCAUCAAGGCUUCUAAGUAACAAAGAAAGAAACAGCAGACCAGCUGACUGAGUACUUUCCUCUGGAAGAAAUCCCUUGUACACAGCGAUCAUGUGGUAUUUACUUGGAAAAUGUAAAGCCUGGAAAGACAAUGUAAAUAGACUGUAAAUAAUUACGAGUAGGGUUUUUUCAUUAAGAGUUUGCAAAUGAUCUUCACUCAAGACUGUUCAGAGGCAGUAGGCGGGGGAGUGGUGGGUGCUUUCACUGACACUUUGGCGCUGCUCCAUGGAAUUGUAUAUUGCAGUAAUGCUAUCAGCUUUUUUAUAUAUACAUAUAUAUAUAUUUUGGAUUGUAACUGUAAAAUAAACUACAGAACUACUGCUGUCCAUUAGUACUGAAUGUGCAAGUGAUACUCCCACACUAUGUCUGGAGGAAAGAAGAGCAGCAAUGCCUGCUGGCCUUCCUGUUUGUUCUGUUAUUCAACAGGCUGAGAAGGGAGUUCCUAUAAACAUGGAAGUGAAAGCCAUGACUGUCUCCCAGGUAUUGGGUACUCUGAAUUGGCAACAGUAAAGCCAUGUUUCCUUUUGUGUAGUUGGGGUUGCAGUGGGCUAAUGCAAGGGGUGAGGUAGCACUCCUAAGAUAAUGCAGUUCUUAGUUGCCCUGUGACUUGGUCAGUAACUCCCCGUACCUGGACCAUGGUAGUGAUGUUUCCCUAAUCCAUCCAGAUUUGUGGAUUUAGGCCUAAGCAUGCACCAGGUAGGCAGAAUACAGCUUGACUAAGCAAACAGUUAUCCCUGGGAUCACAUCAAGCAUACAGCUGCUUUAAUUUUUGUAUGGGAAUUACCCUACUGGGGAAAGGUACAGUAAUCGUUAUAGUUCAUGUAAGAAAAGGCACUUCCACAGUACCAGCAUAAUUUGCUCUUCUUAGGAGAGAAGGGAGUUGGUUAUCACAAGUAUAAUAGAGAGUAGGAUUUAACAGGCACUUCAUUAAACACAAAGUGUCAGCAACAGCUACAGGCUCUGCAGGAGAGAUCGACCUUGCACCAUAGCUCUGUGUAACAGAGAAAUGUCACUGUGUGCUGAGAAAGCCUGUGGCUGUUCAUUGCCCAUUUACAAACCCCAUUUUUAGGAAGGGUUUCAGGUAGGAAAAAGCAGCAGGCCACCACCUCUUGUACUGCAACAGAUGUUCAGGAUCACGUAGAAAAGGUGGUUGCUCAUCCUUUCCCACAGCACCUUAAGGAACAGAGCUUAACAUAAAUGCUCUGUGUAUCUUUACUGUUUAAAAGCUCCAAACCAUGGGCAAAAGGUAUCCAACUAACAGUGGAGAAAUUUGACAUUAGUGAGUCUCUAUUAAAAUCGGAAUAAUCAAUCCCAAUUAUCUUUUUUUUUAAGAAUCCUUUGAAUGGUAUUAAAAUGACUUGAGUUUUCCUCAGUAAGGUUCCCCAACACUUUAGCAAUAGGUUUCAUUACUUAAGAUACACAGGUGUGUAGGUCUGUACAGGAGAUGGUGUGGUGAGUCGAGCAGAACAGAUUUCUCUGCACCACUCCCAGCUGCUCAGCAAUACUCUCUUUUGGAUGAAGAAAAACCUGCUAGAGGCUGAUUGCUCUGAAUAUGCAGCUUGUUGUCAUUAUCAACCCAGACUGCAUACCUGUGUAACCCAUCCUAUUGUGAGUUGUUCUUUAGUAGUAAGACAUUACUGUGUGCAGUAUGUAACAAUUAGAAGUGUUACAUUACAUGUAGGAAAAUCUUUAUUUGAAAAUACAAACAUGUUUUUUAAACAUUUUAAAG